AUGGACAAACUAAAUCUAAAACAAACAAAGUCAAAGUUUAGGCACAAACCCGAUCCACAGAUCUGGAUUAGAUAUAAUCAAGUUGACUACAAGAAUAGUCAUCACAAGUCCGCCCUUGUCAAUUUGCCAGACAUUCUGCAGGACACAGAUGAAAAUAUUUCCCAGGCAAACAAAACUCACCUUGAUGAACUCCAGAUAAAACGUCUGGAGGAGAUGUGCAUUGUCAUUGACAAGCAGGAUCAGAUUAUUGGAGCCGAAACCAAGAGGAACUGUCACCUAAUGGAAAACAUUGAGAAGGGUCUGUUACACUGAGGCUUCAGCGUCGUCCUCUUCAACAGAAAAAACCAGCUGUUGGACCAGCAGAGAGCAGAUGCCAAGUACAUGUUUCCCGGACAUUUUACAGACUCCUGUUCUAGUCACCCUUUAUACAUGCCCGAUGAGUUGGAAGAGAACGAUGCCUUGGGAGUGAGAAGAGGAUCCCUGAGAUGCCUGCAGGCUGAGCUGGGCAUCCCUCAGGAGCAGAUUUCCAUAAAGGACAUAAUUUUUAUAAACUGAAUCUACCACAAGAGUCCUUCUGAUGACAUCUGGGGAGACCACGAGAUUGGCUAUCUUCUGCUGGUGAGGAAAGACCUUGUGCUGAACCCAGAUGCCAGGGAAGUAAGAAGCUACUGCUACAUGAGCCAGGAGGAUCUGCAGGAGUUCCUGGACAGGGGAGCUCUUGGGGAAGCGAAAAUCCCCACCCCAUGGUUUAGAACCAUUAUAGAAGGCUUCCUGUUCCCUUGGUGGCCUUCUUUAGAGGAUGUGUCUCCAUUCAUUGAGCCUGACAAGAUAUAUAGACUGUGAGCAAUAUGGAAAACUAAUGUUCACAGCAGGGAUUGGAGUUGAGAUGACUCAGCAGUUAAGAACACUUGGAGAGAACAGAAGUCCCAUUCCCAGCAUCCGCAUGGUGACUCACGCUAUCCAUAACUUCAGCUCCAGAGGACCUUACACACACUUACAACAUCUGUAGGUACCUGGGAUGCACAAUAUGCUGUAUAUACAGACAGAAGCAAAUAACUCAUACACAUAAAAACUUAAAACAUCUAAAACAAAAAGUAGGGCUCAUAACUAAUCCAUGGUUAGAAUGGCAUGCAUUACAGAAACUAAGCUCUAAUAUCCUCCCACUCUUUGUAUUAAAUUAAAAUUCAAGCACUUAGUUUUGCUUCCUUUUUUUUCCUCCAUCUUUUUU